AUGGUACAAAAGAGCGUACUCCUCAGCAGUUUACAGGACUCUAGCACCCAUAGCGGCCAUUUUCUCCCGAGACUGUUCGUAUUUCCACACGCGGAAAUCGAUAGUGUGUGGCGCCGCCCCUCUAGAGCCAUUGAUUCUGCUUGCUCGAAUUCCUUCAUCAUCCGCGAGAAGGGCAUUCACUCCAUGCUCCAUAAGCAGUUCAAUCAUCGCGGCUUCGCGCAUCAACACCGCGAGGUGAAGUGGCGUUCUCCCGAACCGAUCCCUGAUGUUGAUAUCGGCCCUGAAUUGAUGACCGUGCACACGGCUGAGUGGUAG